AUGCUGAUUGGGCUACAGGCGUUUGCGCUGGUUGGAUGCCUGGUGACGGGAACGCUGGCGAGGCGGCGGCGGAUUGAGGUGGAGGGGCUGAACAACCGCCUGCGCCAGAUCAACGCUGAGCUCCUCCAGCGCAGCUCAGUCGAGGAGCUGGUGUGCUCAGCAGAUGAGGACCGGGAGGCAGUGCUGGCGUACAGGAACGCUCUGGAGAACGCGCUCGAUGCCCCGGCAGCAGCGCACCCCAUGGAGGGCUACGGCCCCGACAACAUGAGCAUGGCGCAGGCCAGGAGGACACUGUCAGGACUGCUGCGCAAGGGGAAGGAGGCGCUGCGAGAAAAUGAUGCCGGCGAGGCUGUCCUUGCAGCCAGGCAGGCACUGAAAAUUGCUCGUGAGCUGAUGGACGUGAGGGCAGAGCGCGCAGUCUUGCGGCUUCUGGCGCGCGGAUACCGCGCGGAUGGCAACUUGGAGCGGAGCCUCAAGGCCUUGCAGCAGAGCCUGGAGCUAUCCUCCAAGCUGGAGGAAGCAUCUGGUGAUGUGGAUGUGCUGGGUGCCAUCGGUGACCUCUACACCGAUCUUGGGGACCUUGAAAGGGCAGCAGAGGCGAGUUGCACUCACAUAUUCCGAGCUUACUACGACCGAUGCAUUAAAGCUAUUCAGGAGGAUCCAUCCAGCACGUCUUCAAUGUGGGACUGCUAA